AUGCUGUCUCAGGCUCAGACCAUGGCCAACAAGCUCUUCUCCCCCAAGACCAAGCUACGGCUUGGGGGAGCAAAGAAGCGACAACCAAGAUUGGAGCCAGAGCAACAGCAGCAGCCAGUUACCAUUACGAUGACGGCCUCACAUCCGCCUAAGGCCACGAGGCGAAACCGAUGCGUGUCAUUCGACAUGCUGGAACAAUCCCCCUCGCGACAUUCACAGCGACUGGCCUCCCUCGUCCUCAACGCACAGCACCCGGCUUACAAGUCCACGCGGCACCACAGGGCCAUCAUGGUGGCCCUCGACGGCCACGUGCCGCUCCAGGCCGACUCGCCGCUGCACUGGCUGCUGGAGGCCAUGGCCGUCGCCGGCGACCACAUCAUCUGCGUCCACCGGCCUCGGCGGACCAACAAGAGCGAGAACCACGUCUCGGAGACGACCAAGGACGCCAGAGCGCUGUUCGAGGCGACGGUCGGGCUCGUGGCGGCCAUCUGCCCCGACGUUCCCCUCAAAGUGACGCUCGAGUACGGCGUGGGAUGUGCAGCCCACAGAAUGAUACAGAGCUUGAUCGGGCUCUACGCUCCGUCAAUGCUGGUCAUGGGCCCCAGCGAGGGAGAGAUCGAUAUGGGCAUCUCCUCGCUCGUCAGCAGCCACGGCAGAGACUCCAUCAAGCACAGUCUACAAUACUCCCAGGUGCCCGUCAUCGUGGCCCGGCCUGACGUGGAGCGGGAGGCACACAAGGAGGAGCGGAGGAACGACAGGAGCUACGCGGACAUCCUGCAGGAGGCCUGCGGCGGCGUCCACGAGAGCGAUUGGAAGGACACGGGAGGCCUCAUCCUGUACCCCGAGGAGGUGAUGCGGUCCCGCGAGAGCAGCGGGCCGGGCGACUACGACGACGACCGGCUGCGGAGGGACAGCGAGAGCUACAACGAGGAGGGGGACGACAGCGACGACGAGGGCGGGGAGUUCGAGGUCGUGUCCGGCGAGCAGCUGCUGGCCCAUCUGGAGAGCGUCACCGUGCGUGGCCACUGCAUCCCCGGCGGAGCAGAUGCAACAGCAGCAGCCGAGAGCCUGCUCCUGUUCCCUCACCAGCAGCAGGAGGGCCCGCGCCCGGUCAGCGAGCGUGUCUAG